AGUGAACCGUGCAAUUAAGUGUGAUUGUGUUUCUUUAAACGCUGCACAUAUAGAUAACAUAGUGAUAAGAGACCGUAGUAUUUUUGACGUUAAGCGUUAAGGAUUGUCAUGAAUGAACCCUCACGUGAUCUUUCAGACUGUAUUAAGACCGGUAUCUCCCAAACAGUGAUCACCCUAAAGUUUUAUUAUUAUUUCGUUGUUGUGGAUUUGAUUUUCUAAAAGCAGCGUGACCUCCUGCUGUCUCCGUUUUAGAAGUUGUUAUUAAUUAUGGAUAUGUUAUGUAUGCAAUUCGGGAGCUAAGAAAGCAGGAAGUCGGCGGCUCAUCACGGUGAGAGGAGGCUUUCCGCAAUGGCAGCCCUGUGGAAAGUGCUGGCCUCGGUCCUCCUGCAGGCUCUGCUGUGUCCUGCGGAUGAGGUUACAUUAAAGCCGAAAACUGCGCGCAAACCCGUCCGAUUGUUCACUGACGACGAUCUACAAAGUUACAACGGCCAGGAGGAAGGGAAGCCGAUCUACCUGGCAGUGAAAGGAGUGGUAUUUGACGUAACAAAAGGGAAGGAGUUUUACGGGAGAGGCGCACCGUACAAUGCCUUGGCAGGGAGGGACUGCACAAAAGCUGUUGCUAAAAUGUCUCUGGACCCUGAAGACUUAACGCAUGACACUACCGGAUUAACUGAGGAAGAGCUGCAGUCGCUGGACAGCAUAUUCAAAGACACCUACAAAGCGAAAUAUCCAAUUGUGGGCUACACAGCCAGGCGCAUCCUGAACGAGGACGGCAGCCCCAACAAACACUUUCAGCCUGAAGAUCAGCCCAAUUUCAGCAUCAAGGACGAGUUUUAAAAAGUCUGUUCCAUCUGGCAUUAAAAGAAAAAAAAACUCACAUUUAUACAUCAAUGAUGCAAAUAUUUGGUACCAUCUACAACAGUGCGUCAGUCUCUCAUACUUUUAAAAUGUGUUCUUCAUGGAGUUAAAGUUAAGUAUGCCUUUGCAUAAGUAGGUAUUUGAGUGUUUCAGUCCAUGUAAUGUAGUUAACAUGGUCCUGUUUGUGACUGAACCUCGUGACAUUUUCUAAGGGGGUAAAAGUUUAAACUCACUUAGCCUUUAAGUCUAUUUAGCCUGUUUCAUUUUGUGAAAGGAGCAUGAAUCCAAUGCCAGGUCAUUACCUCAAACUGUAACCUGGUUUAAGCCUGGAAUUAUGAGCAGUGAUUUGCUUUUGGUUUAUCAGUCCUCUGAUCUCCACCAGUAUUCCAACUGCUGGUACCGGAACAUGCCACAGAUUGGUGGCUUCAGGGUAUGUUGUCAUUUAAUUUAUCUGGUGUAUUUAUGAAGGAGGUCACAUCUUUGGAUCAGUGGACGGUGCUCUUGUCAUAUUUGAUAGGAAACUCAUUGUGACGUCUGGUGUAAAUGGGAUCCAAAUUGUAGUACAUUCCAGUUCGGUCCUUGGGGACUCGCAGACAGUCCGGAAAUGUGGACUGUCUGGCAGGUAGCUGGGAGGGAGCAAAAACGUGGACUGUCUGACAGGGAGUUGGGAGGGAGCAAAAACGUGGACUGUCUGGCAGGUAGCUGGGAGGGAGCAAAAACGUGGACUGGCUGACAGGGAGUUGGGAGGGAGCAAAAACGUGGACUGUCUGACAGGGAGUUGGGAGGGAGCAAAAACGUGGACUGUCUGGCAGGUAGCUGGGAGGGAGCAAAAACGUGGACUGGCUGACAGGGAGUUGGGAGGGAGCAAAAACGUGGACUGACUGACAGGUAGCUGGGAGGGAGCAAAAACGUGGACUGUCUGACAGGGAGUUGGGAGGGAGCAAAAACGUGGACUGUCUGACAGGGAGCUGGGAGGGAGCAAAAACGUCUGUGUGUCCCUGAGGACUGGAUUGGGAAACUCUGCAAAUUGAAUUCCCAUCUCAGUUGAGUAAGUGAAUCGAUCUGAAUCUGAGACACAGUUGUUUAAAGGAAAUAUUUUUCCAUUCCCCUUGUGGUAUAAUGCUCACCUCUGAGCUUUGGUUUCCAGCUACAGACUACAAUUAGAUUUUUUUUCUUCUACCUAAUUUUGUAGCAUUUGUGAAGUGUCUGAUUGCUAUGGUACAAAAUAUGUUUACUGUAUUUUAGUACACUAAAAUUCUGUGAUUUAUUUUGGGUGAUAUGCUUGUGAAAUGAAAAUUCUAGACUCUGAUGUCACAGAAUUGAUGCAUUAUUGGUACUAGGUUAAUUAUGAAUAAAUAUUAAUAAAUGCAUCCCCGUGCAA